GUCGCGAGCUGCUCCCCCCCCUGCCCCGGGGCCUGGCGACGCCAGUUGCUCCCCCCUGCCCGGGGGCCUGGCGACGCCAUUGGCGGCGCCGGCGCGCAGACGCGGGGUUCGAGAGCAGUCGGCCGCCGGCCCGCGCGGAGCGCGGUUGUGGUAGUAGCGAUCGGUGUUUGGCGCUCUAGGAAGUUUAACGCAAUGCGGCUUUGGUUGUGAAUAAAGAGCUCACGUUAUAACAUCCUGGCGACGAGGAUCAGAUCAAGGUGAAGCCUUGGAGCUGUGAUUGCGAGUGAUGGCGAAACGGGCCAGUGAUCAGUGCGCGGUGGUCAGCGAGGGCGGACAGGCCACGGACGGUGAGGGCGCAAACGUUGCUUAGUACGAAUGCUUAGUGCUUAGUAUUGCUUAGUAUUUUUAUUUUCGCGCUGCUGCUGGUAGUGUGCCUGUCGCGCGGCGGCCGUUGUCCUGGCAGGGUUUCCCAUGUGAUCGCCGAAAUUCGUGGCGGCCAUGAUGCCUCGGCAGUGUGGUGUGCGUGGCGCAUGCGUCGGCGUCCUGCACGCUGAUUGGUCGGCCGGGGGUGACGCGCAGCUGUGGUAGCGCGUGUGAUUGGCCGAUCGGUGCGGCGGAGAGGGCCUCAAUGCGGUUUGAGGCGCCUGGUCCCCGAAGCGGGCAAUUUCGGCGGGAAGCUGGCGCGCGGCCGGGCGGUGUGGGGCGAGUGCGCAUGCGCGCGCGGUGACGUGCGUGUGACGUCACUACCACGUGACGCCCCCGUCGAGAAAAGCGCGGGAAACCGCAGCUGCAGCGCCAAGUACAGGCGCAGGGCGGCGCGGUGAGCGGUGACCGGUCGGCGUGAGCGGUGGCCGACCGGCGUGUGCGGUGACCGACCGGCGUGUGCGGUGACCGGCCGGUGUGAGCGGUGACCGGCCGGUGUGAGCGGUGACGCCCGGCUGCGGGCCGACCGGUGGAGCGGCUGCGGGCCGCCGGUGGAGCGGCUGCGGGCCGACGGUGGAGCGGCCGCGGGCCGACGGUGGAGCGGCUGCGGGCCGACGGUGGAGCGGCGGCGAGCCGACCGGAGAAACGACGUGCUGGUGAGAGGGCGGCGGCACGAUGGAUCCAACGGGGAUGCAGAUAGUGUCUGCGGUGCCGUACCGUCCAGGCACGGACUUUGAAAAGUGGCUCCGGGCAUUGGAGCGGUAUAUGAUCGCUGUUGACAUUCAAGGGCCUGCGAGACGGUGUGCAGUCCUGUUGCACCUGGUGGGCCCGGACCUCGCCGAUGUCAGCGAUUCACUGCCUGAGGAGGACGCCGAGAGACAGGGAGAAGACGAGUUUGCUCGCCUGAAAAGGAAGCUAACACGGUAUCUGGUGCCGAAGAAUAAUGUGGUGGCGGAAAGAGGAAAGUUUCAAGGGAUGAAAAUGGAGCAGGAAGAGAGUCUGGAGGAGUUCCUGGGCAGACUACGGACGCAAAUCCUGCGCUGCGGCUACGAGCCGGCGCAGGUGGACCGUGAGUUGAGAGACCGAUGCGUCCUGGGCAGCCGAGGUGAGCUACAGAGGAAGCUGGUCCGGGAGGCGGCGCUAAAGGGUGACGACCUCUCUCUGGAGGACGUCCGGCGGACGGCACGGGCGCACAGGGACGUGAUGGAUCUGACGACGCGGCUGUCAGGGGCGCCGGCGCCGGCCGAGACGGACGGGGAGGCAGUUCACCUGGUGCGACGCCCGCAGCGGACGGAGAGGGUCAGGCCGACCGAGCCCCCGGGGCCAGGCACGUGCUUCCGCUGUGGCGGCCGGGGCCACUGGCGGCGCCACUGUCCCAGCGCGCAGUCGCGGCAGGCCGGCGCGCGGCCCCGGCAGGACGGUGCGCAGCCGCGGCAGGACAGCGGGCAGCCACGGCAGGACAGCGGGCAGCCGCGGCAGGCCGGCGCGCGGCCAUGGCGGGCCGGCGCGCCGCGCUGCUAUCGGUGCGGAGAGCGUGGGCAUCUGCAGCGUGACUGCGGCAAACAGCGAACUGGCGUGAAGCUGGUUCAGGACGGCGACCAGGCUGACUGGCAAGUCAGCGCCGUGCAGCCAGCCGCAGCUGAGUGGGCGACGGUCAGGGUGAACGGCCAGGAGUUCACCAUGCUGAUCGACACUGGCUCACCGGUGACUAUAAUCAGCGCGGAGACUCACAUCCCCGGUCUGACGCUGCGGCCGAGUGAGCUGCACCUCACGUCAUUCACCGGCCAGCAAAUCCGUCUGCGAGGCGAGGCCGACGUCAACGUGGAGACGGACGGCCGAGCGACACGGCUGCGACUCGUCGUGUCCGACAUGGGCUCUCACCGACCUCUCAUGGGACGAGAGUGGAUCAAGGCGCUGAGGACGGCGUCGGGUCUGGAGACGCUGAACGUGUGCCCGGUGGCGACUCAGCCGACGCUGAAGGAGGUGAUGGACAAACACCGUGAGGUGUUCAAAGAAGAACUGGGCAGAAUCCCGGUGAAGGUGGCGCUCAGACUGAAGGAAGGCGCCAAACCGGUCUAUCGACGCGCCAGACCGGUGCCGUUUGCGCUACAGCAAGAUAUCGAGCGGGAGCUCGACAAGUGGCUGGAUCAAGGGAUCGCCGAGAAGGUGCCUCCUGGACACUUCUCCGGAUGGGGUACGCCGCUCGUACCCAUCCCCAAGAAGGACGGCGUGCGGCUGUGCGCGGACUAUCGGAUCACGGUGAACCCGCAGCUGCAGCCUCUGAAGUAUCCGAUGCGCACGCCGGAGGAGCUAUUCGCCAGCAUACGAGGGAAAAAGUUCUGCAAGCUGGACUGCAGGAACGCCUAUCUCCAGUGUGAGCUGGACGAAGAGAGCCGAGAGAUGACCACCGUGACCACACACCGUGGUGCGAUGCGGAUGAACCGUCUCCCGUACGGGAUCAGCACCUGUGGAGCGCAGUUCCAGGCGAUCAUGGACCAGGUGCUGGAUGGUCUUCCAGGAGUCGUCUGUUACCUGGACGACGUGCUGAUCGGCGCCGACAGUGACCGUGAGCUGAUGGACAGGCUGGACCGGGUGCUGGAGCGGCUGAAGGACAACGGCGUCCGCCUCAAGAAAGAGAAGUGCCAGUUCGGAGUCCGAGAAGUGGUGUAUCUCGGUUGGCGACUGUCUGAGGCGGGUCUGCGCCCGGUGCAAGAGAAGACGGCGGCCGUCACAGCAGCACCUGACCCUCGGAACGUGCAGGAGCUGCGAUCUCUGAUCGGGUCAGUCAGCUAUUAUCAGCGGCUGCUGCCCAACCUGUCUACCGUGCUAGCGCCGCUCUACGCGCUACUGAAGACGGGCGUCAAAUGGGCAUGGACGGCGGAGUGCGCCGCGGCAGUGCGCCGUGUGAAGGACAUGCUGUCCACGGCGCCGGUCCUGAUGCGGUACGACCCCGUGCUGCCGCUGCGGCUCGUCACGGACGCCAGUGCGACAGGAAUCGGAGCGGCUCUGAUGCAAGUGACGCCCGAGGGGCUCGAGAGGCCGGUACAGUACGCCUCCCGAACGCUCACUCCGACGGAGAGGAAGUACGCCCAAGUGGAGAGGGAAGCCGCAGCCGUCUCGUUCGGAGUGCGGCGGUUCCACCAGUUCCUGUUUGGUCGGCCGUUCACCCUGGUGGUCGACAACAGGACGCUCUCCAGGAUCCUAAACCCGGACCGUGAGCUGCCAUCUCUGGCGGCGGCUCGCAUGCAAAGGUAUGCGCUGCAGCUCGCGGCGUAUCAGUACAAGAUCGAGCUGCGCCGGACGGAGGACAUGAGGCUGGCGGACACGAUGUCCCGUCUGUCGGUGCCGGACGAGGCGGAGAACCGGCUGUCGGCAGAAGAGGAGGCGGCGUACGGCGGAGGCGGCGUAAUGUUCAUCGCCGAGCAGGGGCCGUGUCUGACCGCGCAGCAGAUAGCAGUGGCCACGCGCCGAGACCCGGCGCUCGCCCGCGCUCUGGCGGCGGUGCGAUCGGGCUGGCCGGCGGUGGUGGACCCGGACCUGGCUCCCUUCAAGAAUCGCCGAGAGGAGCUGACGACUGAGGCCGACUGUCUGCUCUGGGGCGGCCGAGUCGUCAUCCCGAGCAACCUGCGCGACACCGUCAAGCGGGAGCUGCAUGAGGGUCACUUCGGCUGCACUCGCAUGAAGCAGCUGGCGAGGCGCUUUGUGUGGUGGCCGGGACUCGAUGCUGAGCUGGAGGCGCUGGCUCGCGGGUGUCAGGCGUGCGUCUCAAAGCGAGCUGAGCCGCCGCAGGCGACACGGCACCCGUGGGAGCCGGCGGACGGCCCGUGGCAGCGGGUGCAUGCCGAUUUUGCCGGACCUCUGAAGGGCACCUGGUUCCUGGUGAUGGUGGAUAGUUUCUCCAAGUGGGCUGAAAUGAUCCCAAUGAAGACGACCACGUCCGAGCGGACCGUAGCGGUGAUGAGGACGGUUUUUGCUCGUCUCGGACUACCACUGGUGCUGGUAACGGACAAUGGCCCACAGUUCACGAGCCAGGAAUUCGCCCAGUUCGCCAGCUCUAACGGGAUCCGACAUGUCAGAGUGGCGCCCCAUCACCCAUCGUCUAAUGGGAUGGCGGAGCGAGCGGUCGGCUCGCUAAAAAACUCACUGAAGGCGACUCUGGCAGCAGACGACAGCGGAGGCAUGGAACUGGCGCUCGCCCGAGUUCUGAUGGCGUACAGAGUGACGCCCCACGCCGCGACCGCACGGACUCCCGCUGAGAUGCUGUUCGGGCGGAACCUCCGCACUCGUAUGAACCUCAUGGUUCCGAGCGCCGAGACAGCUCUGCAGGCGGCUCGGGACCGGCAGCGUGAGACGGCCGGCGGACGGAGCAGGGAAUUCGCCGUGGGAGCUACAGUGUGGGCCCGCUCGUAUGACGGUCGUCAGAAGUGGGUCCGCGGCACGGUGGUCGCCCGCCCCGGUCCCGUGUCGUAUGAAGUGGACGUGGGACACGUGAUCUGGUCGCGCCACGUUGACCAGCUGUUGGCGGCGGCGGCGGACCCAGGGAACAGCGCCGGCGGUGACGUCAGAGCGGCCACCGGCGGUAGUGUCCGAGCGGCGACCAGUGGUGACGUCAGAGCGACGACCGGCGGUGACGUCAGAGCGACGACCGGCGGUGACGUCAGAGCGACGACCGGCGGUGACGUCAGAGCGACGACCGGCGGUGACGUCAGAGCGACGACCGGCGGUGACCGGGCUGGUGGCGCCGGCGGCAGCGCCGGGCGCCCUGUCGGAGACGAUCGCGCCAAUGGCCUCGGUGACGGCAGCCGCGCCGGCGUCGCCGGUCAGGCCUGUGACCGGGGAGCAGUCGGCCUCGGCCGUGCCGGUGAUCUCGGCGGCGGCGGGGAUGCCGGUGACCCCGGUGGCUACGGCCGUGCUGGUGACCCCGGCGGCGGCGGUAGUGCCGGUGACCUCAGCGGCGGCGGUGAUGCCGUCAGCAGCGGCGGUAGUGCCGGUGACCUCGGCGGCGGCGGUGAUACCGGUGACCUCAGCGGCUACAGUCACACCGGCGGUGGCGGUGACGGCGGCGGCAGGGGCGGCGGGGACACGGAGGGCCCCUCGCAACGCCGUUCCGCUCGGCGCCGGAGGUGCCCGAGGCGACUGAUCGCCGAGGUUUAAAAUGUGUUUGUUUCCACGUUCCGACGCGUAAUGUGUUUGUUUCCACGUUCCGACGCGUAAUGUGUUUGUUUCCACGUUCCGGUUUAAAAUGUGUUCCGUUUUAAGGGCGGCAGGUUAAAGUGAAUGUGUUCCGUUUUAAGGGCGGCAGGGUGUGGUGUCGCGAGCUGCUCCCCCCCCUGCCCCGGGGCCUGGCGACGCCAGUUGCUCCCCCCUGCCCGGGGGCCUGGCGACGCCAUUGGCGGCGCCGGCGCGCAGACGCGGGGUUCGAGAGCAGUCGGCCGCCGGCCCGCGCGGAGCGCGGUUGUGGUAGUAGCGAUCGGUGUUUGGCGCUCUAGGAAGUUUAACGCAAUGCGGCUUUGGUUGUGAAUAAAGAGCUCACGUUA